GUUGUUUAUUUAGAAUGAUCAUCGAGAUGGAAAUGAAAGCGAAAUAAAUAGUGUGAAUUAAUUGGUCCUCGGCAUUGAAAGCACUAUGUUGCCCUUUUUCUCGAGUAGCAUCGCGAAGAUGCAUUAUAUUAUAUAAGAAAAAAAAUCUACUUGCAAGGAACCGUGGAGCGCAAAGAGAUGUUCAUAAGUAUCUACUGAAAAAGUUUUGGAAAUUAAAUGGCUCAAGUUUUGAAAUGCCUGUUUUCGGGUCGUCCUCCUAGGCGAUACUUCAGCUCAGUGAUUGGGAAUACGACUCAAACGGCCCGAGUUGUAAUAGCCGGGGCUGGACUGCUGGGUAAUUCGGUGGCCUUUCAUCUUACCGAACAUGGGUGGAAUAACGUAAUUGUGCUGGACCAACAUAAGGUUGGUAGUGGUACUUCAGAAUUCGGUUCCGGUACCAUCGGGUUGUUCAAACCAACACCUGAGAAAAAUAUCAUCCUGGAAAGCGUUAAGCUGUACGAGAGAUUGGAACGAGCAGGUCAUAGCGUGGGUUUGCAAAAGUGUGGUAGCUUGAAUUUGGCUCAAACUCAUGAUAGAGAGAUUGCGUUGAAGCGUCGAAUCGCGUAUAAUGUUCCGUCCGGUUUGUUCUGCGAGUUCAUCGAUGCUGAAGCAACGAAAAAACUACACCCUCUACUGAAUGUGGACGAUAUUCAGGGCGCAGUAUAUGUCCCAGAUGAUUGCGUGGCUGAUCCGGCGUUGGUACUACAAGUAUUGGUAAAGUUGGCAAAAAAACAAGGCGUUAAGUAUUUCGAGGAGUGUCAAGUCAAAUUUGUAAACACGAAAGGUGGUCGUGUGGAAAGUGUUGAAACCGACAUUGGUACAAUCAAAUGCGAAUACUUUAUAAACUGUUGCGGAAUGUGGGCUCGUGAUUUGGGAUUGAGAUGUAAGAGACCCGUCAGCAUACCUGCUUAUCCUGCUCAACACUUUUACGCUUUAACAACUAAUCUGCAAUUGACGAACGAAGAUCUUCUACCUUGUGUUAGAGAUUUCGAUUCAAAUCUUUACGCAAGACAGCUCAAUGAUGAAAUGUUAGUUGGUUGGUUCGAAAAAGAGGCAAAACCAGCAUUCGAGAAUAUCAAAGACAUUCCCAAAAAAUGGAAAGGCCAUUUGCAACAAAAUUUAUCUGGUCACUGCUCUGCACUUUGGGAAAGAGCUAUGGACAGAAUUCCACUACUGCGAGACAACCCCGAUCCCAUGGUCACCAACAGUCCUGAUAACUUUACCCCAGAUGGUCGCUUAAUAUUCGGAGAAACUGCUGAAGUGAAAAAUUAUUAUGUUGCCUGUGGAAUGAACGGUAAUCCACUCCAGGGCUCGGGAGGUGUAGGGAAAGCUCUUGCCGAAUGGGUAGUUAGCGGCAGUCCUUCCAUAGAAAUGUUACCAUUCAAUGUGCAAAGAUUUCUCAGCUUGCACAACAAUCGGCAAUACUUGCAGCAACGAAUCCGAGAAGUUGUAGGGCGACAGUACGCAAUUCUUUAUCCGAACCAGAGUGAGUAUAAGUUUUCUCGAAAGCUUAGAUGUUCACCAUUGUACAGCGUCCUGGAGUCCAGGGGAGCAGUUUUCGGAACCAAAAUGGCCUACGAACGUGCGUUGUAUUUCGAUACUGAUUUUAAAAGGGGAGCUCCUUUGCCAACCUUGCCAAAUGGGAGUUUUUAUAAGCCCAAAUUCUUCAACUUCAUGCAAAAAGAAUACUACGCAUGUGCUCAGCAUGUGGGAAUCAUCGACAUAUCAUCGUUCUCUAAAAUUGAAAUUAUGCCUGGAGUACGUCGUCAGGGUAACAGCGUUCUAGAUUACCUACAGAAGAUGUGUACCAAUGAUAUAAACAUCGAAAUCGGCCACAUAGUCCAUACCGGAAUGCUGAACGAACGAGGUGGUUACGAAAACGAUUGCAUGCUGAUCCGGCAGAGCAGUGACCACUAUUUCAUGAUAUCGCCUUCAUCCCAGCAAACCCGGAUAUACGAAUGGAUGUCUCGGAAUCUGCCCCAGGACGCCACUGUCAAGUUGAACGAUGUCACCUCGAUGUACACGGUGCUGAAUGUGGUGGGACCCAAAUCGACGCAGCUGAUGAGUGAGCUGUCCAAUUCGAACGUGAAACUUCAACCGUUCACUUACCGGAAGUUGAAUAUCGGUUACGCCAGUGACGUGAUGAUCAUGUCCUUUACACACACCGGCAUGCCAGGGUACUGUCUGUAUAUCCCAUCGGAAUAUGCCCUUCACGUGUACGAUCGUUUAAUGACCGUGGGUCGCGACUAUGGGGUACGUGAUGUCGGUACAUUAACGCAACGAUUUUUGAGAAUCGACAAGUUUAUUCCGUUCUGGGGAGACGAGCUAACGAGCAUGACAACGCCCUUGGAGGCGGGUGUAUUUUACUCGAUUUCCCAUUCGAAGAAAAAGGAAAAUUUCAUCGGUAGAGAAGCGCUAGAGAAACAAAAGAAAGAUGGGCUCAAGAAGCGGUUGGUACUGUUUCAUCUCGAGGACAUAGAUCCUGACAAGGAUGUUUGGCCCUGGGGAGGCGAACCGAUCUACCGCAAUGGUAAAUAUUGCGGUAAUGUCACUUCGGCAGGAUACGGCUUUGCUUCAGAGAGACUAGUGUGUCUUGGGUACAUAAGCCGACCAUCCGGCGAUGAAAGCAAUGUGAUUAGCACCGAGUUUAUAAUGGACAAAAAUGCAAUCUAUAACAUUGACCUUGCAGGUCGACUGUUUCGAUUAACUCAGCACAUACAUCCAAAAGCAGCACUUGCCAAAGUGAUCGCCGAGCGGGAAUUAGCGAAAACCUAUCGUCCGACAGUGUUGAAAUUCAAAAAGCAGUUUGAAGCUUGAUUUCUACAACUUUUGUUUAAUUUGAAAUGUGAUAUAAAUUUAGUACCUACUUCGUUUUAAAAAGAUUGACUUAGAAAAAAAAUUAUAGAUUAAUAUUUUAGAACAGUAUUGACAAACAUAUUUAAAAACUAAGCUAAAAUUGUUCCAAAAACAUAAUUUUACAUUUGGUGUGUAUAUCAAAAAGCAGUUUGUUUUAUAAUUUUGUUUUGUGUAUAUAUGUGCAGUGGUGUGCGAAAAAAUAAAUAGCAACGUCACUAAAUUAAUGUUAAAUAACAAAUUCCGGAUACAAAAAUACAUAAAACACCAUGAAAAA